UUGUACGUGAAUAACUCGUUACAGCAAAAUUAGGAUGAUGAUGAUUAAUGGGUUUUACGGUGGUUAACUGGUUAUUAUAAGGGGGCGUUUGGUUAAUGUUAGUUACCAAUUUCUAGAGGUACCCUCACUCACGCCUUGCGCACCAGAGUUACUCACCAUCAGCGCCUCUUCUGAUACCUUUCUCCUUCCUCCCAUCAGGGUGCAAAGAUAUGGCAAUUAGUUAUAUGCGGUCAUUAAAAAGUGUCGUCAUCCCCAAGGAGAUUGCUGGAGUAAUUGGCUGCAGAACAUUUGCUGCCGGAGGUGGUAAAGCAAAGAAGUCUAAAGGUGCAGCUGCUGAUGCUCCAAAGGUGUCUUCACUCAGCAAAGAAGUGAAAGCAAGUACAGUUGUCGGUGCUAAUAUACUCAAGGAUGGAACGGACCCUAAAGUCUUGGCCGACUCUGAGUACCCUGAAUGGCUGUGGCACUUGCUGGAUAAAAAACCAGCACUUAGUGAGCUAAGAAGGAAAGACUUAGAGACACUCCCUUACGAGGACCUCAAACGCUUUGUCAAGCUCGAUAACCGAGCAAGGAUCAAGGAAAAUAAUUCUGUUAGGGCCAAGAACUAAGUGUAGUCGACAUCAGUCCUUUCUAUACUUCAAUGUUUUGUUGUCAUGCAUCAUGAAAGAUAAAAGAAUUUGUAUGAAUUAUGAUGGUUGAAAUUUUGCUGUGUUGAAGUAGACAACACAAGCGUUUCUUUCUUUUCUUAUUACAAUAGAGAAUUUUAACUGUGGUUGAGUUUCUUAUGUGCUGUGGACAGGUGCUUAUGGGAUUCACACAUGAUGAUUUGUUAUGUUCA